CUCCUGUAUAGAUAUACAAACCAAUAGGAGUGCUAUUGGAUGUAUUUGGAUUAGUAAAGUAAGUAAAUCGUGAGUGCUCCACCCGUUUGCGUACGCGUUGUUUGUUUAUUUAAAGUGCACCCUCAUGCGUAUGAUAUCCGGGUGUUAAACGCAUGUUGUGUCGUCUGAUCGGACAGUGCACGCGUUUUCGUAUGUUACACUCCAGCCUUUUCCUCUUUCCUGCAUUAGCGAAAAUAUGCAAAAAUAUGAGAAACUCGAGAAAAUAGGAGAAGGAACUUAUGGCACAGUGUUCAAGGCAAAGAACCGCGAGACCCACGAGAUAGUCGCCCUCAAGAGAGUUCGACUCGAUGAUGACGACGAGGGAGUUCCUUCCUCGGCCCUCAGGGAGAUUUGCUUGCUCAAGGAAUUGAAACACAAAAACAUUGUCAGGCUGUACGAUGUGCUUCAUAGUGAUAAGAAGCUCACCCUAGUCUUUGAACAUUGUGAUCAAGAUCUUAAAAAGUAUUUUGAUAGCCUCAAUGGUGAAAUUGAUUCUGAUGUUGUCAAAUCAUUCCUGUAUCAGUUGCUCCGAGGACUGGCAUUUUGUCACAGUAGAAAUGUCCUUCACAGAGAUCUCAAACCUCAGAACUUACUCAUCAAUAAGACUGGUGAGUUGAAAUUAGCUGAUUUUGGUUUAGCAAGAGCUUUUGGCAUUCCAGUAAAGUGUUACUCAGCUGAAGUUGUGACUCUGUGGUACCGUCCUCCCGAUGUUCUCUUUGGAGCAAAGCUUUACACUACCUCUAUAGACAUGUGGAGUGCAGGCUGUAUAUUUGCAGAAUUAGCCAAUGCUGGCCGACCUUUGUUUCCUGGUUCAGAUGUAGAUGAUCAGUUGAAGAGAAUAUUCAAAAUGUUAGGCACACCUACAGAGGAAACGUGGCCAGACAUAAGCAAUCUUCCAGAUUAUAGACCAUUUACGCAAUAUCAUCCCACUCAAGGAUUAACUCAAGUUACACCAAAACUUUCUGUUAGAGGAAAAGAUUUACUUCAGAGACUACUUGUAUGCAAUCCAGCACUCAGAUUAUCUGCAGAAGAAGCAAUGGCUCAUUCCUACUUUAAUGAUUUGAAUCCUGCCAUCAGAAAUGAUAGAUGCUAAUAUUAUUCAAACACUGAUUAAUAGAGCAAGACCAAAGUUUAUGUGUACAGAGCGGCGAUAAUAAGGGUUAUCAGUCCGCAGGUUCCUGUCAAUGCAGCUGCACUCUGCAAAAUCAGCUUACUAGGUGUAACAAAAAGCUGCACUUUCCACUUUAAAGGA